ACGUGCCCGAGCUGCUCCCUCCUCCUCAAAGUCAUUUACGACCCAGAGCAAUUUGCCGCAGAGGAGGAGGAGUGCGGACGUAUUAACUCCGCUUGUGCCACCUCUCUACCCCGCUGCGCCGAGGCCCAGCCCUCUUAAUCGGAACGCUGUCGAUAAGGUCAAUUCUUACAAAAAAUUCUGUCAACAUGUCGGCAACAAUUACGGCGUCCAUGUCCCCCGACCAAGGAACACGUACGCCUUCAACGUCCACCGCUACACGGACCGGUACAACAACAUGUUCGCCACGAAUCCUGACUUCGUCCCGAGAAUUGGAAUUGAUCGAUUACCCGAAGAACUGGCUAAUCCGACAAAGUGUAUCCGGAGGGGGGCGAAAGUUAGGCCGAAGAUUGUCAAAAAGUCGCUGGACGAUUUACCGGACGAGGACGAUGACGAAAAUCAGAAAGAGGAGGACGGCGAACCACCAUCGCCAAAGAAGGCGCGUCCAGCUGCGGAACAGAAUCCGAUGAAUGAGGGGAUUGACGAGGAAGAGAUGGACGAUGGCGAUGAAGAACUGGACCUGGGGACUGACUACGCCGCCACGUAUUUCGAUAAUGGCGAAGAUUUCCUCGACGGCGAUGAUGACGGGGACGACGACGGACCAAUUUAUUGAAUCUUUCGAUCGAAAAGUCGCAUAUUUUUUAUCUACUCGGUAAUAAUAAUCGUUAGUUUGUAACCUAGAAUUAGUUACAUAAUUUUUUUGAUAAUUACAAAUCACUCCUACUUUUUUUUGAUAAUUACAAAUCACUCCUACUCCUACUUUUUUUAAUACAAAAAAGAAAGCUAGUUUGUAACCUAACGUAAUAUUUAAAAUGCAUUUAUAAUUACAAAUCUUUACUCCUGCGUCUGUCUUCGUGUUUGUUUGUUACCUUAUCUCUAGCCACCUUGUCCAGAAUACUUAACUUAAUACAUUUAGUGCAAAUAUUUUUGACUUGCAGACUCUAGAAAAUAGUUACAUAGAAUGAUGAUGUUAACUUAUCUACUAGAUAAUAUCUAGCCACCUUGUCCAGAAUACUUCUUAACAUUUAGUACAACUAUUUUUGACUUGCAGACUCUAGAAAAUAGUUGCACAGAAUGAUGAAAGGUUUACUAUCAAAUUUUUGUCUUCGGAUGAUAAUUGAAAAAAGAGAAUAAAAGAUUGAAAUUCAAUCAUUGAAUUGGAAA